GUUGAGCACACUAUGAGACGUUUUCGGUGGGAUAUUUCUGCUCCUAUUUCUUGAUUUUCAUUUACGGUAUGCAGUUGAAGGAGAGACAGUCACUGCUCAUAGUGGGAGCAAACGGACAUCAGGAUGCUGAUCCUGGAUGCUCCAAUCUGAGAGCUUCAAGAUGCUGUCAACCAUGGUAACAGACACGUCUUGUUUGCGCUUCGCAGCUACGUCUCAUCCGGAUUUUCUCUGAUCCUGAAGCAUCAUCGUUUGCCUGGAGAUGGGUUACAAGCUGUUGCUAUGCCUUUGACAGUGACCAUACACUUCGUCCAGGUUUAUACAUUCUGAUAGAGUACCGUGAUGGCCUUUUGCAACGAAAGCCUGCUGGACGGAUGCGACUUCAUGGAGCCAGAUGACGCCAUUCAAGUCACAAGUAGCGCCCCAUCCGAACCCGGGACUCCUCUAAUAUCGUUCACCCUUCGUGUGACUCUGGCUGCCAUCAUGAUCUUCAUGAUCACCAUUGGUUUCCUGGGCAACGCCAUUGUGUGUUUGAUUGUCUACCAGAAGCCAGCUAUGCGCUCUGCCAUCAAUCUCUUGCUCGCCACUCUGGCCUUCUCCGACAUCAUGCUCUCACUCCUUUGCAUGCCCUUCACUGCCGUCACGCUGGGGAGCGCCGAGUGGACAUUUGGGAGUGAAUUCUGCCGCGCCUCUAUCAUGCUCUACUGGCUCUUCGUACUGGAGGGGGUGUCCAUCCUGCUCAUAAUCAGCGUGGAUCGCUUCCUUAUCAUCGUGCAGCGUCAGGACAAGUUGACUCCGCACAGGGCUAAGAUUUUGAUCGCAGGUUCUUGGAUGCUGAGUCUCUGCGUGUCCUUACCGUCCGUGGUGGGCUGGAGGACAGGCACGGCAGGUGUGGGGGAAGUCUGGGUUCCGCAGUGCGUGCUGGGAUACAGCGAGUCCAUGGCUGACCGAGCUUACACCGUCCUCUUGGCGGUGGCGGUCUUCUUUGCCCCCUUUUCAGUCAUGCUGUACUCCUACUUGUGCAUCCUGAAUACAGUGCGCCGCAACACCCUGCGAGUCCACAGCCACGCCAGCGAGCCGUCCUGCCUGCCGGCUCUCAACCAGGUCAGCAAAAUGAGACUCAUCGGGUUGCAGAGACCCCCGCAGAUUAAGGUGGACAUGAGCUUCAAGACCCGUGCCUUCACUACUAUCCUGAUACUCUUCGUGGGCUUCUCAGUGUGUUGGUUGCCCUACACUGUGGUCAGCUUGCUGGCCGUCUUCAGCCACCGAUUCUACUCCAGCUCGGCUUUCUACCCCAUUAGCAUAGGAGCCCUUUGGCUCAGCUAUUUGAAAACGGUUUUCAACCCCAUUAUCUACUGUUGGAGGAUCCGAAAGUUCCGGGAAGCCUGCAAAGAGUUUGUCCCGAAGAACUGCCGCCUGUGUCCCAAGGUGGCGGGCCGCAGUCGAAGGAGAGUUCGACCCAGUAACAUUUACGUCUGCAGCGAGACGCAGUCGGCUGUGUGAAGAACACAAACGGAUGUUGGAUUGUGAUUUUGACUUGUUUUUCUGUCACCUCUGAUGGCCAUUGGCAACAUCUUUCUCUCGUUUGUGAUCGUUCCAUACUUUGUAAACUGUUGUUUUGUACAUUGAGUCACAGUGGUGAUAAGGGAUGGGCAUUAGACUGAUUGAGGGCUUGUUGUCUAAAUAUUAUUUACCAUAGGAGACACCAAUGGUGUUGAAGUACACACGCCUGACUUUGGUGCAGUUCAGUGCCCAUUAGAGGCUUUUCCUCGAAGUAACAUUCCAAAAACAUGGAUGGUUAAAGGGGAAGUUCAUUUUUGACACUAGGCUUAAUCAUCGAUCUUACGUCCCACGGACGGCUCGCUAAGGGCGUAACAUAAAACAAGCCACACGUAUACAUGUGGACACAAUUUACAACAAUCAAACUCGCAAUGAAGACAAUAUACAAAAUAUGAACAAAGCUGGCUUCAGUGUAAGCCCAGGCCAAAAUAACAAAAAAAAAGGAAUCUACAUUUAAACCCCACCCACUAACUAAACCCUGAUCGUAAAAAGGAAAUAACCAAAAGACAGCCACUACCCUGGCUUCCUGCACUAAACAAAACAGGAGAAAACGGGUUGAACGAAAAUGGCAGCUUACCCCUACUGCUUCAGUGCUCUUAUUUACAGCGGUGAACAAAAACGAUCCAAUAAUGGCAAAACACAAAAGACCUCACCGAAAAAGCGGGAGUUUAUCAAACUAGCGAUCAAAGCACACGAGAGAGAAUGGCGGGUAAACAGCUGGCGAGGAGGACUGCGGCACGAAUGCUGUCAAUGCGACCUCCGCUGUCAGUUUAGGGUGUCUGACUUUUCAAGCUUGGCGCCCUUUCUUCGUGACCAAUCAGCAGCAGCGACGUCGUCUGUCCGUCCGGUGUUGAUCAGUUUACGUGACAGUGGGAGGGGAAGCAACCAGCUGGCAGAGGCGAGGAUCAGCUGACUGUUGGCUUCUCAAAAUAAAACAGUUAAACAGCCAGGGCCCUCACAAUCGAAUUAGCGGGAGUAUAAUUAGUCGGUGGAGUUGGUUUUAAAAAAUUCCGGCAUUUAGUUAUGUAUUUAUUAGCUUCAGGGCUCCGGAUUGGCUAAGCUAGCGCCAGUCAAUGGACCUGUCCUAGCAUGCCAAUAAAAAACAACAUAUGCACGCAUGAAAAUCACCAAUGACCAUUGCAAUCAUUACUGUUGCCUUUGUUUUCAGGAUGAAGUUAUUAAAACUUACCAUUGCAUGUCAAUAACAGUAGUAUGAACAGCAACAUUUGUAAUCCAGCAGCUCUGUAGGUAACAGACUGUGGAGCGGAGUGAUACUUUUUCCACUGGUGUGUUUAUGUCGUAGGCAGCAGCAAGUAUUCACAGUUUGUAUUGUUCCUCGUUCUUCAUAGGGAAUUUGUGGAAACUCUCGUUUGCCCAUUUCUUCUGUUUGUUUCCACAGCCUCUAAAUGCAAGUUUCACUAUAUGACCGUUCUUCAGUCAAGACUGCGUAGACUGAUGCUACAUUCGAGGAGGGUGAGAAGUUUGAGUUUUCCAACCUCCGACCAAGAAAAAUAUCAUUGGAAUGCCACUAAAACUGGGAGACCCUUGUGGCGAAGUCAGAAAAAAAAAGUACCCCGACUUCACGAGUUGCUUCAAUCAGACGUCACUCGACAAAAUACGCUGCCUGUCGAAAAGUAGAUGUCAACAGUUAAACUAAAGAAAGCAGUUUACAGUGUGAUCUAUUUACCUAAGCAGUCGUUUAUCCUCCACUAUUUGAUCGCUUACAUGAAGUCACGUUUGCUAGAGGUCAACAUGUCUUUUAGUCCUGCAACGAUUCAUCGAUUAACUUGUGUAUUCGAUUAGGAAAAAAAGAUUCAAAUUAAAUUUUGCUGCUUCGAGUAUUUGUUUCAUUAAAGUGGCGUUGUAAUGUUUUUGGUUGUUUUUUUUAAAAGUGUUUGUAUUUAGUUUUAUUAUUGAUUUGGGUGGAUACACUGCCCUCUUGUCUGCCACAUUUCACAUGGCUGAAUCCAGCUGUGUUAAGAUGUUAAGAACAACAUAAGCCAAGUUUUUGUUUGAGCUAAUGUUUUUUUUAAUGCAUUCAUAAUAUAGUUACGAGGUAUAUUUAGCCUUUUUUGUGGGAAUAUGUGUCUGAAACAUUUGUUAAGAACAUUGUGAAACGUGAACGUAAUGUAACAUUUAAGCUAGCGGACUUUCGCUAUGUAAGUUAGCCAAUUGUUCUUUUGUUGUACUUAGAUCCUUUUAUCCUUUUUUUUACACUGAGGCUCACUUCAGGUGUUUUAAUUUUUCAUGUUCCUUAUCCGAUUACUCGAUUAUUCGAACGAACUAGUUCAUCGAUUAAUCGACUGCUAAAAUAAUCGAUAGCUGCAGCCCUAAUGUCUUUUGAUAGCUAAAAUAAAAAACGCUUUGAAUGCUGCAAGUUCGCAACUGGUACCAUCUCAGUGGGAUAAAUCCCACUUCCCACCUUCGUCGAAUGCAGCAUGAGCACGAGUGGCCGAAGCACUCUUCUCUAUUUUGGUCGCAUUACGAAUCUAAAAAAAUUGUCCCGCAGAAAUAAAUGAAUUACGGCAGUUUGGUUUGACAUUGUUUUGGCCGCAUGGGUAUUUUCAAUAACGAUCUGCAUUUUUAAUUUAUUUGACUAUGUCAGAUCUGUUAAUAUCGUUUUUUUAUUGGCAUGCUAGGAUGCAACUCGCGCUAGCUUAGCCACUCUGGAGCCCUGAAAGUAAUAAAUAACUAAUAAACUGCACGGAAUUUGUUGAAAUCAACUCCACCGAAUAAUUAAACCCUCGCUAACUCGAAGAUUAACCCUAAUGUAAAAAAUUCUGAACUUCCGCUUUACUGAAACACUCACAAUUGACCGUCCAUGUGAAUGUGAAUUUGAAUGUUUUAUUGAGUAUACAUGUAACGUAAUUGACCGUGUCCAGAGUGUAUCCGGUCUCUCGCUUAUAUACAGUAGUCAGGUUAGUUAGGCUCCAGCUCACCCACGACCCAAUAAGAAGAAAUAGUAUGGAAAAUGAAUAGACUGAUACAUCUACAGUAUAUGUAUGAAUGUUUCACACUGCAGGGCCAAUAUUAAAAAAAGACAUUAACUUCUUCACUCCCUGCCAUUUUCACUGGUGCAACCCCCUUCGCUCCCGGCCGUUUUACUGGAUUUUGACUGAUCUUGCAAGGCCCACAGAAAAUUCUGCUCUAUCGCUAUAUAAACAUGGAACCCACCAAAAGAAAGAUUAGACUCUCUUCUUUCAGCAGGAAAAAUAAGUUAGCUCAUAUCUUUUUCCAUUCUUUAGAAAUUAGCAGUAGAAAAUAGCUUAGUUUGAGCAAAUUUCCAAUAUCUGAUGAAAAAACAGAGAAAUUGAGCUUUUUGUGAAAGCAUACAUUUCAAACAUAACUUUGACUUUAACACGGCUAUUUUAUGCUUUGUGACGUCCCAUACAUCUGAAUAAUGUUUUCCGUUUACAAAAUAACAUAAACAACAAGACAAAUAGAGCUUUUGAUAGCAAAGUAACAAUUUAUUUACACAUAACUAUACUAUUGAACUGAGAGAUGACGCUGUUGUAGCCGCGACAGCAGGGGUAAACUUUUCCCUCAUCAAGAUGGAUUUUUUUGAGUCUUUCUUUUGUGGUGACCAGUGCCACGUAGCGGAGUUCGCCUGGGAAACUGGUUUGGCCGUGCGCGUGUCCGGCUGAGUCGCGGGACACUGGAGGGUGCGGGGGAUGCGAGCAGCCGAGCAUGGCGGCGCGGGCUCUGCUCGACGAGCAGCAUGGACUCAACGGCCUCGUCCGCUGCACUGGUGGUCCCGGUCAUUCUGCUCGGUCAUUAAGCACCUGGCAUCCCGGGCGUCCUCCCAGUUGUUCUGCUCGGUCGUCCGCUGCCUGGCAUCCUGGACGUCCAUUCGGUCGUCUUCCGCCGGCGCCCCGGCCGUGCGACCUCGCCGUUCGUUCCGUUGUAUUGGGUUGUGGGUCUUACCAAAUGCACUACUGCCCUCCAGAGGCCAGUUUUAUUGCUUUAAAAUGGAUUUUCAGCAUUGUGCUUUGGUGCUAAAUUGCAUCAGAACCUAGAGAUGUCUCUUGUGAGAAUAAACAUAGAAAACGUAUAAAUACGUCUUUGGGACUCAGAAAAAUUUAAAAAUAGAACAUAUUUAUAUGUUUUUGGGAGCAAACGAGUUAAGGUACAUUUUUCCCGCACCUAAUGUGUUGCUGCGAACUCUGUUACUUCGCAAGUUUCAGUCAGUAUUAUUUAUUUUUUUCUUAUUUGCCAAAAGAAACACGAAUCUUUUAGAAACAUGCGCAAUAUUAGAAGGUAAUAUUAAGUAUAACAUAUUUUUUAAACUAUAAGGCACACUAAAAAUCCUUUAUUUUCCCAAAACGUGAUGGUGCAACUCAUGUAUGAAUUGUGGGUGCGCUUAAUGACCUCAAAACUAUUUUGUUACAACAUAAAUGUAUUAUGUUGUACCAGCAAAGUGCUUAAUACACACAUUGAUUAUACGAAUAAAUAAAACAAUAGUUUCAGUGUUUAAAGAUGAAGAACAAAAGACUAAUGCAGUACAUUGAUGACAAAUACUGAUCUUUCAUCCUCACAGCGAAAAAGUAAGUACUAUAGAAGCUUUUUAGAUUGCAGGUGAAAGGUAGCAACAUUAAAGAAGAGUCCAUUUACCUUUAUUCCAUUGUUAGUUCAAAUUAACCUGGAUAAUUGAGAAUCUUCAAAUCCCACCCCCAGUGAAGUCAGAAUGUUGCCUAAAACCUAAAUUAAAACAGAAUGUAAUGAUUUUCAAAUCCUUUUUUAACCUAUAUUGAAUUAAAUACACAACAUCUUUCCAUAAUACUAUGUACCAUUAACGACAUUAAGUUCUACACAGUUGACCAAAUUAUUUAAUGGUCCAUUAAUCGAUUCUUUUGCCCAUCCCAACUGGUGAUCAUUCUAAUCAGCUAUUUUUAUUCACAUACAGUAUAUAGGGUGGGGAAAAAAAUCAUCAGUUGAUGUUGUCAGAAAUUUCUUCAGAAAGAUAACCAUGUGUAUUAAGUGUACAAUUUGACUUGUCAUAAUUAGGUAACAAUGAUUGAAAGCUACAAAUAAAAACGAUUUUUGA